GCGCACGUUUUAAAUUAUUGCGCUAGAAUUGACCUUUGGCUUCGUUCUUAUUUCCGUUCGAGGUUCAUUAUAAACUUCCCCUCGUCUCGCUCUGUCUCUCUCUCGCCUGACAUAAAUGGAGCAAAGAAUAAAAAAUGCAGUGAAACGAUUAGAUCAACUUGAUCAAAGGCUAGACGAUUAUAAACCAUUACUUGAACAAAAUGUUCUUAAUGCUGAAUUUGAAAUAAGAGCAAAUUUUAAAAAUUUAAUCGAAUUAUUAAGCAAACGACAAUCUCAUCUACUUAUUCAAUUACAUAAUAUUUCUAAAGAAAAAUCUUUAUUAAUUGAAAGUAAUAAACAAAAAAUAGAAUCCCUGAAAUCAAUUCUGCUACAAUCUUGUCUAUCAAGAAGUGAAUAUGAUGCCAAAAUAAACGACUGUCUACGUAAAGCUGAAUCGAUCAGUUUAACAACUGAUUUUACACCAUUCAUCACCUUCUCCAUUGAAAAUGUACAAUUGACUGAGUUUAUUUCAACAUUUGGUCGACUGACUUGUCGAUAUUCUGGUCAUUUUGCUGAUCCAAAUAAGCCGUCGAUUUGUUUACCACGUGCAUUUGAAGAAGAAGAUGAUGGUUGUUGUGGAGAGAAUAAUGACACUAGAAUUGAUUAUUUAAAGCAUCAUUCAUCUGUAUUUAAUCGUGUUAAACAGCAACAACAGCCCCAACAGCAGCAGCACCAACAACAACAAUGCGCUUGUCAUGAUCCAACAGUGAAACAAUGGUUAUCCUUGAUUGAACAUAAAUGCAAAUCAAAUCGUACUUAUGAUAUGAUGAGUGAUGUGUAUUCAGUAAAGGAUAAUAGUAAUAAUAAUAAUAAAACAAUAGGAGUGGAGUAAACACUCCUGCUCUUCAGAGUAAUAAUUAUUCAUUGUGUGAUUCAAUAUUUUCAAGAAAAACUCAUCAUCACAGCAUAAUUUUGAAGUGAAGCCAUCAUUACCAUCAUCAUCAUCACAAUCAACUGUACAUGCUCCUUGUUAUCGUCCAGAUACUACAGUAGUACCUGAUUGGUUAAAACUGUUGGAUAGACAACAAAUUGCUGAAAUUUUAUCUUAUCAUAAAGGAAUCCAUGAAUGUAUGGAUGUGCUGAAAUCACCUGAUGAUGAUCUAGAUAAAUCUCCCUCUGAAAGUUUCGAUAUAUUGACGAAUUCAUCUCAAAAUAUGUCAAGUUUAAAAGAUUGGUUAUUCUGUGAUCCG